AUGCGCGACUCAAAAGACAAAGGAAAACGGAAGAUAACAGACCAUUUCAAACCUGUCGAUAAAGGAAAGAAAGAGAACGCUCGUCCCGCGGCGUCGAAGAAGAGAAAGCAGGUCGACGAGCACGAGCCUUUUACAAAGAAGGCCAAGGGCAAUGGCGAGAGUGUAGCACGUAGUGGUCGUCUUACUUCGCUCAAUGGUCGUCUAGACGCGUCAGAUGGACGCAGAAACGCGUCGACAUCCAAGUCACCGACUCCAAUCGUUAAACACUAUGCCACCCCGAAAUCGAUGGUGAAAGGAAAACGGAAUACCGCUGCUCACAGGGAAGAGCCAGUCAUCGACCUCACCCUCGAUGAUUCCGACAAUCGUGCAUCGACCCCGGAGCCCUCCCAUACUGUCGCUCCGCCAACCCCAGUUUCAAUUGCUGACCACGGUCCCAGGCAUUCUUCAAAUUCUUUUUUUUCUCACCGAAAAAAUACUGGGGCAGCUCUCUUAACCACCCCCAGCACGCCGGUUCGACGUCACGUCACCUAUUCAGGUGUAUCUUCUAUCCCGAGUUCCCAUGCCCCGACUCACGAUUCUCCUCUGAAACGCUUGUCACGGCGUCAUACCGUGCAUAGGCUCCGCUCACCAUCUGUGAUACCUUCUUCCCAGCAAAGCCAGGACGACGAAUGGCUAGGCCUAAGCAUCACUCGAGUCGCAACGCCCCCAUCGGGCCCCGCUGCUGCUUCUCAGAAUCUUCCCUUGAUCCCCCCUCUCGCCUUUGAUGAAAAUCUUCCAGAGCCUUCUUCUCCUCAGCAUGUGGUCCCUGGGAAAGAUGACGAUCGUGUGCCAGAGGAUUGUGUGGUCCCCACCUCUCAGUCGCAGGAAAUUAGCUUAAGCCAACUCUCUCCCCAGAGAAUCCUCGCUGGCCUUUUAUUCAGCUCAUACAUGCCCAAGCCCGGACCCUUGGACAUUGUCCCCACCUCACAGAGCCAGAGCGAAGUAGAGAUCACCAGUGCAACUGAUAUAUCAUGGAUCACGUCUCGAUCUCUCGACAGAAACUUCGUAAGAUCCGUUUCUUCGAAAGGCUGGCGCGCACUGGGACGUUCUCAGUCCGAUCCAGGCUUGGACAUCUCCCAUAUAUUCGAAGAUGAUGAUAGCACUGCCAGAGGAGAUAACCCGCCUGCUCCCUCUAUGACGCAAUACACUUCCUCGACCGACUCAGACCCCGAGUACGAUGAUUACCCUUUCUCCACAAAUCCCGCAGACCGGCCACCCGUAAAUCCCACGCAGAACUCAUCUGCCACGGAAUCGGACCCAGAUUAUGAUGCCUACCCAUUUUCCACCAACCCUGCGGACCGGCCAAUAGUAGAUGAAGAAGAAGACGGGGACACUACUGUCAUUGCUUCGAGAGAGGAGGAUGACGAGACGGGGGUAUGCCCCGAAGGAAGUUUGCCUGAUGCGGUCAAGGAUUUCCGGGAUAUGUUCGGCGUUGGAGAAGGAAGCUAUCCUGAGGAUUUUCCGAUGUCACUGCGAUAA